AUGGUGGAUUCUUUCGAGCCCGCUGAAUUAGAACAGCUCUCGCAAAAGAUGGAGCAUCUGUACUCUCGAGAAAAAGACGAAGGAGAUGCAUUCGCGGACGGUAAUCGAGCUCGAUCAAAGUUGUCGAAGAAACGGCAGUUUGAAGAGUCUGACGAAGAAGAAAUUAUGAGCCAAGCGAAGAAGGCGCAUCUAACAGUCUCGUUGAAAGAAGCUUUGUCUCGAACGGCGGUGGCUCGUGAGAAGACAGAAUUCACUGUAAAAGACUGCCAAGAUCUUGAUCAAUUGAAAGCACGAUACGAAGAAAUGCAAGACGAACUCAACAACCUCCAGCGCAAAUACACGGAGCUGGAGAACAAGGUGGACAAUUUCGGCCAUAAACUCGACCGAUUCAGAUUGCGCCCGACUGUUUCCUUGACUGUCAUGAAUCGCGACAUACAAAACCUGUGCACUGGCGCUUCUGGCCUUCAACGAUUGAAGAUCUCCGGCAACUACUCCAAAUCUCUCCAUGGCUCGCAGACUUCCCUGGCAUCAAACUCUUCCACGAAGAGCCAUGGAGUAACGGGUUACUUCAAGCGCAAGGGUCUGUCCCUUCUAGGUGACAACAACGGCCAGAAGGUGCGAAAAACUUGUGAUGUCAAAAAAAUCACAAGAGAGAGAAGCGUUGUCCGCCGACUCUCUCAAGGCUCACUCAAGGGUAAGGAAGAGACCAAGGAGCGAGUGCAAGUGCCAGACGACGAGGUUAAUCUCGCGUUUCCGCUGAAUGAACCAGGAGAAGAUCGUUUUGGAGCGAUCAGACCCAAGAUCGAGCCCUGGAGACAAGCGAUCUGGGAUCGAUUGCCGGCGGAAAAGAAAAUGAUUCCCUUUCCGUCUUAUGAGCCGUAUUCCUUCACUUCGUUCGAAUAUGUCCGUGCUCGAGAACUCAAGCCAAAGCACGUCGUUGAUCCCGCCUACCUCCAAAAGCACAAAGUCCUCAGUCCAAGACAUCGAUACAUCCUCGUCAAUUGGAUGAUGGAAGUCCAGGAGAGCGACGACCACUACUUCCGCAACGAGCAGCUGUUCCAGGCUGUCCGCUUCAUCGAUGUCUAUCUAAGCAAGACGGAGAGCUUGGAAUUGGAUCGAUUUCAGCUACUGGGAAUUACUGCCAUGUUCGUCGCCUGCAAAAUCGGGAUGCAGGAUUAUGCGGAUAUCAAAUCAUGGGCGAUCCUCGGCGACCCUGAGCAGCCUUACGACACUGCAGACAUCCGCAGGUUCGAGAUUAAACUUAUGCAAGCGAUCGACUGGGAUGCGGAAAUUUCAACUGCGUAUUAUUCCCAGAAGCGACUGUCCAUGCUCGCCAAGUUGAAGGACCACCAGUGCCACAUGGUCCGAUAUCAACUCGAAUUGUCACUGCUUGCGAGCGAGUUGGUCCCCGUCCGCCCCUCAAUUGUAACUGCUGCUGCCGUCCUCGUUGCGAAGACGUACUUUGGCCAGCCCGUCGAAUGGGACGAUUACUUGGCCUACCACAGCGGCUACAGACUCCACGAUCUCCUCCCUGUAUGCAAGAGUCUCGUCUACCUGAUGAAAAACGCCUACAGCAUCGGAAAGGCGAACCUCAAAGGCGCCAAAAAUAUUGUCUUCGCAAAGUAUUCCAGCGACGACUGCGCAAAUAUUGCGCUGCUCGACGAAAGGCUCUUUUUGAACUUGAGAGAUUUGGAGUAA